AUGAUUCCAAGUAUCAACACACUUACCAGCAAUCACCCCUCGUAUGGGAUCACGACUGAUGUUACCAACAAUCACGAAACGGUCGAAUCGGUCACAAGUAUCGAAUCAAAGGAGGUCGAUUUGGACUCCAAGACGAUCCAUUCGUUGUCAGAGACGUUAUCGUCCUUAUCGUCGCCACGCUCGUCGCCAAUGACAAGCACAGACUCAAUCAGCAUCCACGAUAUUAAGCUUUCACCAUCGCUCGACACAAUUAUAAACUCAUUCAAGGGCCCUUUAACGCAAGAAAGUUUGAUUAAACACUCGGAGCUUCUUUUAUCAGACCUUAAUGCAUCAUUAUCACAAGACGCUAUAACCAUGUUGCCGAAUUACAACAUAUCACCCACCGGCGAUGAAAACGGACUGUACUUGGUUGUUGAUUUAGGUGGUUCUACACUUCGCGUUGCAAUUGUAGACAUCGCACCACAGGAAGAAGACAAAUAUGGCUCUAGGUCAGAUCGGAUUAAUAUUGUUGUUGAAGAAAAAUGGCUAAUAUGCAACGAGUACAAAGUCAUUGACCGCAAUUUUUUCAAAUUCAUUGGAUUCAAGAUAAUGGAAACUAUCAAGAAGCAAGAAACGUUGAGCACAAGUGACAUCAUCAAGGCUGGUAUUACUUGGUCAUUCCCCUUGGACACAACAAGUUACAACAACGGCAAAAUUCGACAUGUAUCAAAAGGAUACACGAUUGGUGACGAUGUUUACGAUAAAGAUUUGAAACAAAUGUUUGAAGCUGUUUUGCAAGAAGAGUUUGAUUUGAAGGUUGAUAUUAGGUCAAUAUUGAAUGACUCGUUGGCAGUUUAUUCAGCGGGGGCAUUUUUGGACGACAAGAUGAGGUUGGCCAUGGUGUUGGGAACUGGAUUCAACAUGUGCUGCUCAUUAGAGGCAAAUACAGACAGGAUGCAUCCAAGCAAAUUAAUCGAUGACAAGAUGUUAUUCAAUACAGAAUUGUCGUUGUUUGGACAACACUUGUGUGACGAUUUUGCGACAAAGUACGAUACAAUGAUAGAUCAUCGAUUUGACAAUUUUAAACAUCAUUUUAAGACCUAUUUACAACCGGACCCAGAAACAAACACCAUUUUCCAACCGCAUGAGUUGAUGAGUAGUGGGAGAUACUUGCCUGAGCUAACUCGAUUAGUCCUAGCUGAAUUGAUUGAAAAAAAGGAGAUUUUCAUUGACUUUGAUAGCCAAGAGUUGGACUCGAUUUUGAAUGUCAAGUAUGAUGGCUUUGAAGGUGAGCUCAUGUGUUUCAUUGACGAGAGCCACGACUUUGAUGCUAUUGGCGAAAAGAUAUGUCAUGUUUACCAGUGGCACAAGACAAUUCCCGAUUCAGAUAUUGCCAUAAUUAGAUACGUGAUUAAGGCAGUAAUUCAAAGAGCAUCUUUUAUUGUCGCAAAUGCCAUCAUUGCUUUUUUUAAACUUAUCAAGAAAUUCAACAAGUUGGAGAAUCUAAAUGGAUUAUUAACAAUUGGAUACGUAGGGUCGGUGUUGAACCAUUUCCACAACUAUAGAAAAUUGAUUAUCGAUUAUGUCAAUGAGAGUGAGGACGCUAAAGCUAACAAUUACGAGAUUGAUUUAGAAUUGAUUGAAAAUAGUUCAAUAAUUGGUGCUGCAAUCGGUGCAGCUUAUUAUUCAAAGUAA